AUGUUUGGGAGCCCAAAAACACUCACAUUCCACUACGAUCAAUUGGGCAUAGAUGCCGAUAUAUUGAUCAUGUUUGAACCGACCCAUGAGCAAGCCUUGUACAAGUCUUUAUUUCCAGUGACCUGGAAGGCUCUCUCUUUUCCAGGGACUAGAUCAGGCAGAGCCACUGUCCAAUACACUGGAGAUACUGCCUUGCUAGUUCCGCAGACAGACAGAGAGGGCAUGAUUGUUUCUACAAACGCACAACACUGCCACAUCGGCCAAAAAUGCGUCAUGGAGACCGAUAGUCAUGGCAAAAAUUUCCUCACCUCUGCAGAAAGUGGAAUACCCGGGAAUAUUCAAUGCCAGGUCAAUACCAGCAACGCAUCAGAUGUCGGAUUUGGUGUCUUUAACGGGAAUAAAGAUGAUGUUGAGGCGAUCAUAAAGUGGGAUAAAGUCAGCGUUGGAAACACCAUCUCUGUUCCUUUGAACUUCAACUUGAAGAUCUAUACCAACUUCGGAUAUCAACAAGGACAAGUCAUUCAAGAUGUGAUGGGACUGCCUCUCGUGUUCUCCAAGGACAUCAACGCUCUGACAGAAUCAUCCGACUGGGCUGUAUCCAUCGACCUGUCUAACAGCGUCCACAUUACCCCUAUUUAG